CAAAUGUCUGGGGUUUUUUCACAAGGUCCUUCAUCUCUCUCGCUGUCAUGCGAGUUGUUCAGGGUAUCGCCUCAGCACCUCUCGAGACACUUGUUACCUCCACAGUCUCCGAUAUGUACUUCGUGCACCAACGCGGUACACGUAUCGCAGUCUGGGGCUGUAUGCUGGCUUCUGGCGUUCUUCUUGGACAAACAAUCGCUGGUGCCAUCAUCCAGAACAUCUCUUUCGAAGCGACUUUUGGUAUCUCCGCUUUGAUAUUUAUCCCCAUCUUGUUCGGCAUGUACUUCUUCGUCGUUGAGACCACUUACUAUGGCCCCCGGCCUACCAUGGACAAGCUCGGAGUUGAUGAGAAACACAAGUCUGUUUUCGAGCUCGAAGACGACAGGGAGCCUUAUAGAAGCCAGCUGGCAAUUUUCCGUGGCCGCUUAUCACAAGAGUCGUUCUGGAAGAACGCCUGGAAGCCAGUGCCACUUAUUGCUUUCCCGGCAGUACUCUUCAGUACAAUCGUUUACGGAUCUUACUUUACCUGGCUGCUUACUAUCUCCGUCCUCUCCGUCAAUAUCUUCUCUGCACCACCGUACUCGCUGAACCCGGCACAAGUCGGUCUUACUAACCUGCCUCUCCUUGUCGUCGCACUGAUCGGCUCACCUCUCUCUGGCUGGACAGCCGACGCCCUCGCCAAAUUCAUGGCACGUCGCAAUCACGGCGUUUUCGAACCGGAAUUUCGUCUGACGCUUAUGAUCCCCGCGACCAUCUUCGCUACCAUUGGCUUUCUGGGCUUCGGCAUGAGCGUCUCAGCUGGCUAUCCCAUUGUCUGGCCCUUGGUCUUCAUGUCCAUCCACUCGCUUUCCGUACCGUUCGCCUCAACAGCCAGUCUGACCUAUGUAAUCGAUUGCCAUCCCAAAGACGCGAACCAGGCUUUUGUGACAAUCAAUUUUACAAAAGCAGUGUUUACUUUCAUUGCGACAACAUAUGCUAACGGCAUCAUGGCGAAUAUUGGGCCUCGCGCCGUCUUCGACGGAAUCACCGUUAUCAAUCUGGGGAUCUGCGCGCUUACCAUUCCAGCGUACAUAUUCGGAAAGAGGUUUAGAAGUUUGGUUGCGCGAAGCUCGUUUGGUAAGAAGCUAUCAGGCUAGAGGUUGGGAGGCGUGAGUCAUUACUAUGACGACGGAGACAUGGCUCUGAAGAGAUGGCUAUGCAAGGCGCAUAUUUAUGGAUACCCACAGUCGUUAUAGGCUUGAAAAUUACAUUCGCGAUGAGUUCUGAUAUGAAGGCUAAGCUCCAUACCACCUGGGCAUGUUAAGCCAUGAUGAGUCGAUCAAAGAACAAGACAGGUGAUGAGGAUACGUGUCGAGACCUGAGAGAUUCAUGGUGUACUUCCACCUAGUGUGUAUCAAAGAGAGCAACACGCUGUGAUGACAAAACAACAGUAGAUGAAUAUCUUGAAUUGAAGGAGACUC